CAGGAGUAUAUCAUAGUGGCAAGACUUCAGUCUUCGCAGGUUAACACGUAUUCCGGGAUAGCCUGCGCAGGUUUACACAUAUUUCAUAUUAAAGCAGGAUAGUAUUGUUUCCAUGGAUAUAGAGAUAUUUCUGCUCUACGCAUUGGCUGUACUUCAGGCCACAUGUGCUGGCCACGUGACUUUUAGCGAUCCGAAGGAAAUGAUGAUAAUCAACAAGCCUUAUCCCUUACUGCAGAGAGUAGAAGACGCACUCAGCAAUGCGAAAGAGUUCAAUCUUUUGAAAAGGGCGAAAAAUAAAGUGGAAAGAGAGUUGAACGGCGAAAAUUCUUACCGCUGUCCGCUGUCACUGCAUCAUGGGAAACGUGUUUCUAGUAAUUCGGAAGAAUACAGCAAAACGAAUGACGCACUUUUGGCUCUGCGGAUUCUAAUGAAUGAGCAUGGAUUUAGCCCAGAAGAUCUCCAGACAAGAACAGUUAGGAGUACUUUUAGUAAUGUUGACGAUUUAAAAUGCAGACUACCUGAUCCGGGAACUUGUGACUUCUACAGCAAAUAUAGAACCAUGAAUGGGUCUUGUAACAACAAAGACAAUCCACGGUGGGGGAUGGCAGGAAUGAUUCAAGAAAGAAUUCUGACAAGUGAAUACAAUAGUUUAUUUGGGGAUACCCGAACAACAGGUAUUGAUGGUAAAUCACUUCCGAAUCCCAGACAUAUCAGCAAUGCUGUUCAUGCUAACCCGAGUAAAGCAGAGUCUCUAAGCAGGACAAACACACUUCUUUUAUUUGCGUUUGGUCAAUUUCUAGACCACGAUAUUGCUAUGACUCCUGAGAGUGAGGUUAAUGACUGCUGCGAAAGUGACGAUGCGUAA